UUAAUUGUUACUCUUUAAUUGUUGUUAAUUUUUUUUUAUCCAUAAUGAAUUUGAUUAAUAGUAAAUUCUCAAAAAAUGUUCGAGAUACUUUGAUAAAAUCGUUUAAAACGUUAGGUCGAGAUCCGAGUUACUUUUCUCAAGUCAAACAAGAUGAAAGUGAAACUCAUUCUUCUGAUUUUGACUCAACUGACAUGGGUUCAGAGGAACCAUUCCUUGAAUCAGCCAAUCCAACUAAAAUGAUCCUUUUCUUGGAAUACAUUGUAACCAAUGAGCCGGACAAAGCAGAUGAAUCAAUUUAUAACAGUUUACUUGAUUGUUACCUGAUUGUUUAUAAAAAGGAAUCAAAUCAAGAUGAAUGUGAUAAUUUACGUAAAAAGAUUAUGUCACUUUUGAAAGACAAUGCUGGAAAGUAUAGCUUUGAACAAGCAAUGAUCUCAUGCCGGAUGAACCAUUUUAUUGAUGGAUUAUUAUUUAUCUAUCAACAAGCUCAACUUUAUGAUCUUAUACUUGAUUAUUACAUUGAAGUUGAUGAUGUUAAUAUGAUUGUGGACACUUGUGAAAAGUUCAGCGAGGAAGAUGAACGCCUAUGGGUUCGAGCAUUUUGGUAUUUUGCCAAAAUUCCGGAAAUUGAGAUGUCCCAUUUACAUCGAGUACUUGAAGAGGUAGACAAACGUAAUCUAAUACCACCCAUAAGUGUCAUCGACAUUUUAUCAACCAAUUCACCGAAUGCCACUUUAACUGCAAUCAAAGAUUAUCUAGUCCGUUGGUUAACCAAAACAAGUGAAACUGUUACAAAAAACAAUGAGCUUAUUUCAGAAUAUCAAGAGUCAACCGAAAAGAUGAGAGAUGAAAUUGAAUCAAUUCGAACUCAGCCCAAAAUAUUUCAAUCAAGUCGAUGUUCAUCUUGUAAGAUGCACUUAGAAUUACCAUCAAUCCAUUUUCUCUGUGGUCAUUCAUAUCAUCAGGGGUGUUUGGAAUCACCAGAGAUGCCAUCAGACUCACCGAGAGACAAAGGAUGUCCACUUUGUUUACCUGAGCAAAUUAGAUUAACAACAAUGAUCACAACACAAAAGGAAAACAAUUUCGGUUCCAUAAUAGAUGAUGAUUAACAAUCAAUUCCAAAAAAUUAAAUUUCUACAUGUACAUACACAUAUAUUCAUAAAUAUAUCUUAAAGAAAAAGAUUCAAUUCCAAAUAAUCUAUGUAAAUAUAUCAUCAUUAUCAUCGAAUCUAAUAUAUAUAUAUGGUCAAGCCUCCAGCUGAUUGUGUUAUUUUCCCACAAAGAGACAAAAUAAUUUGGACAAUCAAAAAAUCCUCCAAGAUAAAUGAAGAAAGUUAGAAAGUGAAAUUGUAAUUGCUGUUAAAAAAAAAAUGUCACAACAAUUAUCAAAAUUGUCAUUCAUUGUUAACUCUCAACCACCACCACCAAAACAACAACAAUGAUAAUGAAUUGAAAUGGAAUCACUUAAUUGCUGGUUAAUCAACAAAACUACUCCUGUUAAAACCUGUUACACUUUUACAACAAUUUAACACCGCAACAAAUGAUUCAUGUUUAUUAAAUAAUUGUAAUCAGUAGCAACAAUUACAAUGAAACCGCCA